CCGUCUGCUGUGCACUUCGUCUCGACUUGACAUCGUCUUGUUACUGCUGCUCAUCUAGCAGACAUGGAGUCGCAAUCGCACCUCCUGGCCUCGAGCCAGGCGUCGUCGUCGCGCUUCCCUUAUGCAUCGACGGCAUCCCUCGACGCUGCCUCAGCUGAUUGGCAUCCCAUCGAGUCGGUCCUCAAGGACUUGGGUUAUCAGGGUUCCAGGCAUUUUGCCCAUUACGGUCCCACAGCGCCAGCUCGACUCAACGCCAAUGACGCCCUCGACCAUCGUCUCCCACUCACAAAGGCCAGCAGAGAUGCACUCAAGGCCAAGAUGUAUCAUCGCCUCCUCAGCGCAGAUGUCGGACUCGUACUCGACCCUGCAGAGGCUGAGCCACGACUAGCUAGAGACCCAACAGCCUAUGUAGACACCAUACAAAAGUAUGGCUGGUCACUGGCAAAAGUACAGCAGAGCAUCUCUCAGCUCAGAGAACAGCACAAGGAGUCGACUCGCUCCACUCACAACCCCUUUGCCUCGGCGUCAUCCGCCUUCAAGGGCAAAGCACCUCAGCAUCGGUCUCACAGCAGCAGCAGCAAUAGUACAAUGACAUCAGCCGCCGGUACUCCACAGUCCAGUCGUCCAUCGACUCCUGCUCCCAUUGACCCAACAUCGGCGCCUGAGUACGGCGAAGAACGUCGAGGCAUGCCCUGUGGCCACGUAUUCGAAAAGGGAGAAGCCAUCUGGAGAUGCAGAGACUGCGCACUCGACGACACAUGUGUGCAAUGCGCUCCUUGCUUCAACGCCUCAAUCCACGUAAGAGAGGGCCAUGACGUCGUCUUCUCCGUCUCAUCGUCUUCGGGAGGAUGCUGCGAUUGUGGCGACGAGGAGGCUUGGAAGCAGGAUGUCUGCUGUGGCUAUCAUUCGGUACAGCGCGGCGACACCGACAUGGCAGCAGACGAGGAAGCUAACUCAACGUCAGACUCGUCGCGGCCCCCCGAUGUCGCACGAGAAGUCCAUGAUGCCCUCCACGCCGAGCACUUCAACCCUACUUCACAUCCGCGCAUCUCCCAACUCUUGGCUACCUGGAUUGACUUCAUUCUCAUCGUCCUCAAUCACGCGCCCAACGAGCAGAAGCUCUUCCCUCGCUCCUUCGCUCGCGCCUCAGCCCAAGAAGCAACGAAAAAGGUCGACGACCUGCCCGAUUUGAGGCAGUGGGGUCGGCCAGAAGCCGCCUCGUCCGCCCCUGCCGGAGCCAAGAAGGAGCGGGACAGCUUGAUGUCGCCAGAAGUGCGCACUCCUCUCCCACCGGGAGCCUUUGACGCCUUUGAUCUCUACGUCGACGCCGAUGGACCCACCAAUAGCGCUGGUGCAGAGACGCCUGGCAUGAAGUGGGGUACUUUGCCUCCGAGCUCGCCCGCAGUUCUUCAACAAGGUGGUCACGAGCGCGAGUACGCUCUCAUACUCUGGAACGAUGAGAAGCACAGCUUCCGCGAGGUCAUUGAUACGGUUAAGGAGGCACUCGACGUCUCAGACGAGGAAGCCAGAGCUGUCGCUGAGCGCGUCGACGUGCACGGCCGAGACAUCCUCGCCGUCUCGACUGACUCGCGAGCCAUGGUCGGCUUUGCGCGCAGAAUGGCAGGCAUCGAUCUCGAGGUCACCAUUCGACCGGGAUUCGACGUUUACUGCGAAGAGGUAGCGCACGCACUCAUUUCCGUCAUCAAGGACUUGGCAGAGGGCGUCGCCUACCUCCCUCGCAGCAACAGCGACCCCUACGGCCUUGUCAAUGCCAACGCCUCGAUCCCUCGACUGCUCCUCUGCUCCGAGCUUCUCAAGACGUGGGACGCCUCCAAGCGGCAAGCAGACUCUUUCCUCUCCAAUCACAUGUCGACUGAGUUCUUUGACCCUCGUGAGCUCACCCGCCUCGACGGGCUUCUGCUGAUGGAUCAGAAGCUUUGGAAGGAAGCUCGCGCUUGGGUUCGCGGCUGGUACAUGACCAUCAUCGCCCGCAAGGAAGGUCGUCGCUCCGUCGCCUUCCACUUUGCGGCCAUGUACCCAAAGAUCAUCGAGACCUUCAUCCUCCGCGAGCGCGAGCCGGAGCACUCCGUCGUCCUCAUGACCGUCCAGCUCUUCUCUGUGCCAUCCAUUGGGUCGGAUCUUGUGCGCCACUACAACUUCUUGCAGAGGCUGCUCCUCAUCCUGCAAAGCAUCUACACCGGACAGCUCAUUCCGCCCACCGGUACCCUCAUGCUCCCAGCUAAGAUGGACCCCAUGGCGAGCGCCAAUCCUCAGUGCACGCUACUGCGCCAGAUCUACUGUCGUCACGUCUUCUACGAUGCUCGCUAUCUCCUCCAAGCAGAGGGCGUUCAGCAGCAAAUUGUGGCAGACGAGCGUCACCUCGAGUACUUCCUCGACUUUCUCUCCCUCUUCCACUCCUUCCUGCCCGAGGCGAGGCAGACGCAGCACCACGUCGAGUAUGAGAGCGAGGUGUGGGUGGCCGUCUUUGGUGUAUGCCAGCUCCUUGCGAGGAAGGCAAAGCUGUUCGGCGAGGCGUACGAGAAGGCCCCACCCGCUGCCAUUGCCCGUGCGUUUGUCAAGACGGUCGAGCGGAUUAAUCUACGCACGCAUGCUAUUGCUAAUCGCCUUGCUGGCGUCUCCGUGGGAGGGGAGCUCUGCAGGGUCAUCGACUUCGCCGUAGAGCGAGAGGAGACGUCGUUCCAUCAUCCGAUGCAUUGGCUUUUGGCUGAGCUCUCCAGGCGUAUGGCGUCCUUGACGCAGCGGGACAUACAGACGAUCGGGCAUAGCUCUCUUCAAAGCCUCGCCUGCGGAGACAUCGACCAGAGCCGCAUCAUGAUCGCUCUCGACUUCCCACUACGUGUCAUCGUCAAGCUGGCUCAAGUGCGUGCUGGGAUCUGGGUCCGCAACGGCGCAUCCACACGUGGUCAGGCCGCCCACUACCGCGACGUAGCCAUGCGUUCAAGCAUGUACGAUCAAGACGUCUUCCUCAUGCAAGCCGGCCUCGCCUUCCUCAAGAACCCGGAAGAGCUCCUCGUAACCAUCAUUGACCGCUAUCGCCUCCUCGAGUACUUCGACAUCCGCAGAUUCAACCACACGCCCGAGGCCGACCCUUUCGAUCAUGAACAGCAGCACUUCUUUGCCGAGGAGUUCCUCUUCUUCCUCAUCACGAUGCUGUCCGAGACGUCUAUGGUCCACAGCUGGCCUAUUGAAAAGGUCAUUCGACGAGAGAUGGUUCACUUCCUCGCGCUCAAUCAGGGGACAUACUCUGCGCUUACGCGGCACAUCCCGGAGCAUAUCAGCAGCCAUCCGUCCUUUGAGAAGAUCCUGGCGCAGGUCAGCAACUUCAAAGCGCCUGACGGGACAACAGAUCUGGGCAUCUUUGAGCUUAAAGCAGAGUGCUACAAGGAGAUCGAUCCCUUCUUCUUUCACUUUUCGCGCAACCAGCGGGAGAGAGCUGAUGAGCAGCUGCGCGCGAGGGAGAAGAAGGCCGGGCGUAACCCCGAUUCGAUGGUCACCGUGCCUCUCGGUGGCUUUGCGCAGGAGACGUCGCCCAUGAGUCUUGGCGUCAGCAGACUCUUCACCAGCAGAAUCUAUCAACGCAUCCUCAUCUGUGCUCUGAUCAAGGGAUACAUACCACCUGGAGCCUCCAGCGCGAAUUUUGCUCUCCCCGAAGCUGUGGUCGACGCUGGCCUCCAGCUCGUCAUGAUCGGCAUUGUCGAGGCAGGCGAUACCUUCAUCGAAACGGUACUUGCCGCCCCCCUCGGCAAGAUGACAGCCAUCCACUUGCUGUGCUCUCUCGAGGAGUCUGUGAAAAUACCCGCUCUCAAGGCGAGGAUCACGUGGUGUCUCGACAAGGUGGCAAAGGUAGAGGCAGCGACGGCGCCUCAGGCUGCGGCUGCGCUCUCGACGCAUCGCAAGGUGACAGCGCCCUCGCAGGCCAAAUCGGGUGCUAAUAGCCUGGAGGCACGUCGUGCGGCAGCAAAGGCGCGUCAGCAGGCUAUCAUGAAGGACUUCAACGCUCGUCAAAAGACGCUCAUGGACAAGUUCGGCGGAGAUGACGAAGAGGCGGACAAGUCUGGCGCCACAGCCGUCGAUGACGAUAUGGAGGUGGACGACGAACAGCAAGGCGAGGACGAGGAUCUCAGCCACCUUGGUUCCUGCAUUAUGUGCCAAGAGCAACUCCGUCGAGACAGUCCUUUUGGCUCUUUGGCCCUCGUCACACCGAGUAUGACUAUCCGCACAACACCGCGCAAUAGCCUCGCCGCACUCAACGAGGUUGUCAACGACGUGCCUCUCACGCUCGACCGUCUUUGCAUUGACCACGAGGAGAAGGUGCAGAAGCGCUAUGAGCAGAUGAGCGAUUCGAAGAGUGGGGUUCCCUUCGACCCUCAAGCUGCGCCUGCCAGUGGUGGCUUCCCGCGAGGCGAUCACAAAAGCGGUUUCGUGGCUUCGACGUGUGGGCAUCUGAUGCAUGUGCGAUGCUUCGACUCGUACUAUCGCAGCAUUGAACAGCGCCAUGCGAGUCAGAUUGCCCGCAAUCAGGCCGAGGACCUCAGCAGGAGCGAGUUCGUCUGCCCGCUCUGCAAGAGUUUGGGCAACAUCCUAUUGCCCGUCCCCAUCCCACCAAGGCGAUCUGCAGCCACGUCGCCUGCAACUCCAGGCUCAGGAUUGGGCGAUCAAAGGCUGGAUCGCGCCCCCAUCGGUGACUGGCUCCGCAAGAUCAACAUCGACAUCCUCAAGACGUCUGGCGCUCACACAGCAAGCAGCGUGCAAGAGAUGACGACGGGCACGGGCUGCUUCUCUGCCUGGUACGCUGACAGCUCCCUCUCUUCGCUGUGGGAUCCGGCAUCCAUUGCCGAGAAUCCAGACGGCAUCGAUGAGAGCACCUUGAUCAUGCUUGACCGCAUCUUUCAGGUGCUCAAGCCGCUUGCCUCUUCGACGCGUCAUCAAAGAGUGGCCUGGCAAAGCCGUACCAUCUUGGCGCCCAUCAGCAGGAAGAUGUACAUUCCCGAGGAGCUGGUCGCCUACACGAUUAGUAUGCUCGAGGUAUCGCAGCGUGGCAUCGAGUCCAAGGGCAACAACGUUGCGGACGGGCUAAGCGAUACCAGCGUUGGGCUGCUGCGCUCCCUCGUCUUUGCGCUGCGCAGUGUGGCUUCCUUGCAGACCAAAGGCCGCGGCCAAGCCUCGCUGCGACAGGGUCUUCUCAAGCGUCUGCUCCCCCACUGGAGCUCAGACGAGGCUGUGCGCUUCCCUCUACUUUUGCGCGACCCGCUUGCCAUCCUAGUCGAGGCGGCAGCCAUCGUACCGGAGUACUUUACGCAGGUGACCACGCUCAUGUACUACGCCACACUGGUACAGACCGUCUUUGGUCUCGCGCAGCCCAGCGUUUGGCCUCAAGCCGGUGCACAGGCCACGGCCGGCUCACCGCAGCCUCGCGGGCUCGCGCACAUCUCUGGUCCGUCGAGGCUGAGUGCAGAGGAGAAGGCGGCCCUGCUGGAGUGCUUUCCCGACGUGCGAUGGACGGUGGGCAACAUCGUGGGCUUCGUCGGAUAUGCGAGGGGCAACAUAACGCUCGGUGUCGACUCUCUCGACGAUGUCAGCCUGGCAAAGAUGCUCUGCACGUACACGCUCCCGUUCCUGCGUAGAGCGGCCAUAUUGAAGCGCACGCUCUGCGGCACAAGCACGGGCGAUGGAGCUGGAAGCGGUCGCGAUGGUGGCGUCGAAUACCUCCGCUUACUUCGAGACCUCGAGAUCGUCCCACCAUCGCAAGCCUUACCCGUACGAGCGGAGAGACAGGCUCCCAUCUCGAGCAUCGUCGAAGGCUGGAUCAAGCACUGCUAUGCACCGCUAGCUUCGCUGUUUAGACCCUUGCCCAUUGCGCCCAGUCCCCUCUCCAGCCUCAACGAGGACGGCCUUGCCACAUCGCAACACGCCUCUCCCUCUCACCCGACUCUACAAUUGGAGCACCCAGCCAUCUACGAGCUUGUCCACCUCCCCCUGGACCUAACUACUCUCUUCCAAUACACGCAACGCACCGUCUGCCGACGCUGUCGCACCAUCCCGCCUGACCCGGCGCUGUGCCUCCUCUGUGGGGAGCUCGUCUGCUACCAGAACUUCUGCUGCAUGGACCAGUCCUCGGAACGCGGCGAGUGCAAUCGCCAUGUAGCCGUCUGUGGCGGCAAUGUUGGCCUCUUCUUCAAGAUCAAGGCAAACGUCAUAUUUGCCCUCUACUAUUCAAACGGCAUGUUCAGCUUCUCGCCGUACCUCGACUCGCAUGGUGAGGUGGACGUUGGACUGCAGAAGGGGAGGCCGCAGCGGCUGCACAGGAAGCGAUACUUGGAUCUGACAAAACUGUGGCUCACGGGUGGGAGUGGGAUUGGGUCGCUCGUGAGUCGCAAGUUGGAGAGCAUCAUCGAUGUCGGUGGAUGGAUCACGACGUGAGGCGGUGCUGGAAGAGUAGCGAGAUAGUGUUCGACCCUUUCGGCUUAGUAGACGCGGGCCCGUGAGACAUCAUUUAUCUCUUGAGACGCUU